GGCAUCGCUCUCAUCUUCCCAAGCUGAAAGUGUCAUAGACAGUAGGACGCGAUUCAAGCAGGGACUGUUCUCGCUUUUCAUACACCAAAGCGGCUUACAAGGCCAAAAAGCCGGUGUCUUCUUUCUCAACAACCCUUCCAAUGGCGGCACCCACAUCGUGGUUUUUGCGUCUGGCCUCAGGCUAGACGCUGCAAGCCGUACGGUAGUUCUGGAUACAGCAGUACUGGUCCUGACCAGAGAAAUCAUGUCACACAUUCUCGGCUUCAUACAGGACCUUCAUUCAAAAAAGUCUCCAGACAUCGCGGCAAUCAAUAUAGACGACGAAGAACUACAGCUCUGGAAGGAAACCCUCCCGGCUUUCGUCGAACGAUGCAGGACCUGGAACCAUCGCCCAUCCUACGAGUACGUCAAGACAUCGAAGGUCCCACUCUCCACUGCAUAUGGCGAAACGCCUCUCUGCUCCUGCGGAAAUGGCAAGGGGCUCGAUGAUGUUGUUGCUAAAUUUCCGGUUUUGAAAAAGGCGGCGAAGUUUGCGGUUAGGGCGGCUAUCUCGCCUACGUUCGCGUCGUCGUUUGUGGAACAGCUUUUCCAGGGACAAGAAGCUCCGCCGACGGAGGGGAAGGCUCGUAAGUUCUUUCGGCUUCUUACUGAUUGGUGGGGUCGGUGAGGGACAAAGCACCGUUGAGGCGAAGGGAAAAGAUAGCUGUUAGUAGCUUAGAGAUGGAUAGAUUGAUAGGUAACGGCUACUUUCUUAUGUUAACUAACGGACGAUAGAAGCGGGACUCAUGUAAAGGUCCGAUAGAAAAAUACACC